GGAGGGAAGGAGGAGGCUCCAGGCUCCAUCUCCUCCCCGCCGGCGCCUCGGCGUGCCGGGACAGAGCCGCGUGCUCGCCUGGGCAGCGCCAUGGCGGAGCGGCUGUCGGAGGAGAAAAUCGCGGAAUUCAAAGAAGCUUUUUCCCUCUUCGACCGCGACGGCGACGGUUGCAUCAGCAGCAAGGAGCUGGGCACGGUGAUGCGCUCGCUGGGCCAGAACCCCAGCGAGGCCGAGCUGCAGGACAUGGUGGGAGAGGUGGACGCCGACGGCAGCGGCACCAUCGACUUCCCCGAGUUCCUGUCGCUGAUGGCGAGGAAGAUGCGGGACACGGACAGCGAGGAGGAGAUCCGAGAGGCGUUCCGCGUCUUCGACAAGGACGGGAACGGCUACAUCAGCGCGGCCGAGCUGCGGCACGUCAUGACCAACCUGGGAGAGAAGCUGACGGACGAGGAGGUGGACGAGAUGAUCAAAGAGGCCGAUUGCAACAACGACGGGCAGGUCAACUACGAGGAGUUCGUGAGGAUGAUGACGGAGAAGUGAUGGCUGCGGCUCCAGGGAAGAGAGGUUGUGGUGGUGGUUCUACCUCAGCCCCUCCAUCCCCUCCCACCUUCUCCAGGCUGGAAAAAUCUUCUUUUAUCCCAGCGAGCGGCGUCUGCGUUGGGUUUGCAGAUGGAUUUGGGGUCCCCGUGGGAUGUCUGGUGUCUGUAGAUAUUCUGGUGGCCACUGAAUAUUCCCCGACACCCCUGAGUCCAAUAAAAAACAUCCCCCCCACGUC